AUGAGGCCUUUAACUGAAGAAGAAACACGCAGCGUAUUUGAAAAACUAGCAAAAUAGUAAGUGGCGUGAUUGAUAGUCCAUGUUGUUUAUCUUGAUCGUUUCAAACGCAUGUAAACUUUCUUUAAUUUUCUUGAAGCUGCAGAAACAAAACCGCACUCAACAACUUGAACUCGAACUCAAAAAAUUUAUAGAUGUCCCUUCAAAGCUUCCGUACAAAACUGCAUUUUUUCAAGCUUAAAAGUUUUUUUCUUUCACGAUGAUUUUUUAGUAUUGGAGACAAUAUCAAACUUCUCAUAGAUAGACCAGAUGGAAAUUAUUGUUUCAGACUUCACGAAGAACGAGUUUACUAUGUCAGGUAGGUUGAAAUUUUUAUCUUUUAGAUAAAUAGAACUAUUUAAAAACUGUGGAGCUCCGACAUUUACACGUUUUAAUUAAACUUCCCUAAGGCCCGUUUCAAACAUCGUGCUACUGCCGUGCCGAACUCAGUUGCUCGAAUUAAAUUCGACUUUAGCACGGCAGUAGCGCGACGUUUGAAACCAAGCCGUGCUACUGCCGUGUAGCACGGCAAGCCUUGCCGUGCUACACGGCAGUAGCACGACUUGGUUUCAAACGUCGUGCUACCGCCGUGCUGAACUCAAUUCAUAAAUUAUAAAUACAUUAGAAUACAUUUAAAGUUUGCUAAACCAUUUCAAUAUUUUUGUGUUAUGUUUUCGGCAACAACCGUUCUAUUCGACUGAAUUAAAUUCGACGUCUGAAACCAAGUUGUGCUAGUGUCGUGCUGCAGUCGAGCUACAGUCGAGCCAGCUUGGCACAGCAGUAGCACGACGUUUGACACAGGCCUAAGGUUUAAUAACCAUCCAAAAUGUUUAAUUUAAGUUGGCACCUAUGACAUGGUUUCUUAAAAGAGUUCUCCUUAAAAGACAUCAAAUGUUGGCAGUAGCUGUGCAUUGUGUAAGGCAUUUGGCAUGAGCAAAAUGGCGAGUUUAUGCGACAACAUGACAAAUGCAUAUGUUACAGGUCAAAAUAAAGUUCAGGGUUGGGUUGUUCAAAGCAGGGUUAAGUUAACCCAGGGUUAGUGUGAAAUUUGAUUUCAGACAUGAAAGCUUGAGAAGCAAAUUCAGGUUUAUUCUUUUUGGCUACAAUUUGAUGAUUGGAUGCUCUAUAAAGAAGACAGAAAAUUAUCCGACAAAAUUCUUUUGAACAAAAGAAAAAGAACCCAGGUUAAAAUUUAACCCUGGGUUAGCGCUAAUCGGCCUUUGAACAACUGGGCCCAGGUUAAAAUUUUCUUCAAAACUAUUAAACUGGCAACCCUGCUUUAUGGCUAGUGCCAACACCCAAGCUCUGUGUUUUUAAUACCUCUUUUAUUUUCUUGCAGCGAGCAAAUCAUGAGAAAGGCGACAAAUAUUGCAAGGGAGAACCUCAUAAGCGUGGGAACCUGCAUUGGCAAGUUUACAAAGACAAAACGAUUCAGACUUCAUGUGACUGCUCUUGACUUCAUGGCACCAUAUGCUAAGGUAAGCCUGUUUUUUUUUUCUUUUUGUUUCAUGAUUGUUUCUGGUGUUAUUAUUAUGAUCUAUAAUGAAACUUAGUUCUGCUAGUCGACCAGAAAACUUCCUUGGAGCAGGUUAUAGCUGGUAACCAAGAGUCUCGAGAGUCUGGCCACCUCUUGAGUCUCAAGAACUCUCUGUAGUAUUGUUUCAGUUUCUAGUAACGUGGCCUUCUGUAUGUUCCCAGGUCUUACCCUUAUUCCAAUAUUCUGAAGCAAUUAUCCAGAUGAUGAUGAUGAUGAUUGUUAUUGUUAUUGUUAUUAUAAUUAUUACUUACUUUUGUGCCACAGACCUAAACCUAAAUCUAAAGUGAAUGCCACAGUUUCAAUAGUGAUUAACAAUUAUUUGAUGAGGCUGAGUAUCAUCUGAAGAAUUAUGGAGAUCAAGGAGCGUGUUAAAUUGGCCUUGGCAGAUAACACCCUCCGAGAUCUCCAUAAUUCUUCAGAUGAUAUGUAAACCAAAUUACUAUUGAAUACAGCUUACAAUAAAUUUAUUAAGCAAUUAUUGUUUUCUUAUUCAUUCAAAACAAUUCCUGGUUGAUCUUCAAUAGUGCAUGUUUAUUGGCAAGUCUAGGAGAUAAACGGUUUUUGCUAAUAUUCUCCAAAUAGCAGAUGUCGUCCAUCAAGUUGUCUUCUUGCUGCUCUUGCUAUGUUUUUAGCCAAUAGUUGCCUAUUUCUUCCUUGUGAAUCUGCCAUUUUGUACUCACCACCAAAACAACUCAACCUUGUCCCCAGGUUUUCUUGGUUAACUGUUCAGUUUUCUGAGCAUUACAAUGCACAAUUGACAUCAUUUUCCACAUAUUGCAAAAUCUUCCAAAUUUGGUCGACAGUAGCUGGUUAUGAUAACGUAUGCCUAUAUUAGGAUUUUGGCCAUCCAGAAACUGAGAAAUAUUUUCAAUGUAUGUAUAAUAAUGAUAAUUUAUUGUACUCACAAUGGAAUUUUUCUAAUGAGUUGGAAACAAAAACCCAAUCUGUAAUUCUAGGCUUAUCCAGCAAAAUACCAGUAAAGUGUGAUAUUGAUUUUUUUACCUCUUAGUAUAAAAUCUGGGUCAAACCAUCUGGGGAGCAGUCAUUUCUAUACGGAAAUCAUAUUUUGAAGUCUGGAUUAGGAAGAAUAACAGAAAAUACUCCACAAUACCAAGGUGUUAUUGUUUACUCCAUGAAUGAUCUUCCACUGGUAAGUGAAUUAAACUCAAGUUUAAGUGUUUUUCACCCUUGAUUCAAAAUGCAGCUUACCCUUCUCUUCACUAACAUGCAAUCGCUUUCUCAUUUCCCUAUCUUCCAACAAUUUUGCACUUCUAGAAGGAAAAAAUUUGUCUUGGAAAAACUUUGUAGUCAUCUCAAAGUCUUUGUUUGAGUGGGACAUGCCUUGAACAUCAAAAUAGUCUCUAACUAAAUAGUCAAACAGUGCUUCUGAGCCAAGAUCUGAGCUGAACUACAAUGUAGUCAGUCCUACAGCUGUACUAUAAACCAGGUUUGCACAAAUAUUCAAUAUUAAAAAAAAAAACCCUUUCAAGAGACUAAACACAGUCAAAUGCCAAUCUCUUUCCCAGAGGCUGCGAUUCUUUUGCACAGCGAUGGGGAACACUAACCUCUGGAAGAAUAAAAAAAUAUAUCUCUGAUUGGCCAUGCAAUAAAAUCGUGUUCAUCACAUGCAAAUUUCUUUGCUAAUCAGAAACCUGUGAGCACGUUGAUUUGAUUUUGACAAGUAAUUUGUGUACACACAAAUCUCAUACGACUUGAAACCGUUAAGAAAAACAUUUGCCUCGAUAAGUUCUGAAAUCACACUACAGUGACAUUUUGUUCAAAAGUUCCUUUCUUAAUUUUGAAAGUCAUUUCAAUGCUUUUUUUCAAGAGAUGUUAUACAUCUACAGUCGAACCUGUAUUAAGCGGUCACCCUCGGGGAAUGGCUAAGUGACCUCUUAAUAUGAAUACAAGGUGACCGCCUAAUACAGGUUGCAAGACAUACAGUUCAAAGAAUUAGAUCUCCAGUGCUGAUCAGAUCAGAUGUUUGACCUCAAAUAGAGACAUUAAUUUCCAGCGUUUUAAUGAUUUGGGAAAAUAAACAAGGAAAUCAAUUGUUGUAUCUCGUGUGUUACAUCAUUUGAAACUAUAUGAACACAGUGUGAACAAAUAAUUCACACCGUGUGACCGUUUAAUACAGACCAAGGCAAUAGAAAAAGUCCAGUUGGGGCUUUGCAAAUGGUGAGCGUGACCACUUAAUAGAAGUGACCACUUAAUAGAGGUCGAAAUUACAGUACAUCAAGGGAAGUAAUUUUCGGGACUUUGAAAAAUGACCGCUUAAUAGAGGGUGACCGCUUAAUACGGUGCCGCUUAAUACAGGUUCAACUGUAUGCUAUUGAGCCUUUCAAAUUUGCACACAGCUGUGCUCAUUCUGAGCAUGAGAGAAUGUGUGUCGUCAUGACUAACAAAUGUUCUUUUGCCGCAUUUAAAGAAAUAAACAUUUUCGGUCUCCUUAAACAGUACGUCCUUUCAUGUUACUUGUCUUUCUCUACUAAACACAUCGAUCAAAGUUCACAGAAAGAAAAACUGCUUUGGAAAGAUUAAAUUGUAACUAUGUGUGAGCAAGGAAAAUUUUCCUUGAAAACUUCUCUAAGUCAUAUGGGUAAACAAUUUUACACAGGCACAAUUAAACUGGAACCAGGAUUUUGUGGUUCCGGUUUUAGAUUCUUCAAGAGCGUCCGUUUCCCCAUCGGCUGGACAAAAAUAACAGAGGCUCUGGGGGCAAUACUGGUCUAAUGCAUUCAGUGGAGAAUACUGCCUUUUUUGUUAUAGUCCUGGCUCCACAUAUGCCUGGAGUUUUACAUAUGACCUUUAGUUUGCACUUUCUAAAGAACUUAUUCACUUUGUAUAGCUUCUGCACGUACUGUUAGAACAGCAGAAACAAACCAGGCAAUAAAUUAAUAAAUACUUAAUUAUCCUCUCUGAGGUUAAUGGAACAAAUAAUUUAAAAGAAACAUAACUGGUAGGAGGCGAACCAAUUGGCUAUUUUACAAGCAUGGCAGAGCAUUUGAACUCAGACUAACGGGAACAAAUCCAGCUGGCAGUCAGGGCCGGGUUGUUUGAAGCUGGGUUAAGAUAACCCAGGGCUAGUGUGAAAUUUGAACGCAACUGCGGGAGCUUAAAAAGCAAAUUCAGUUUAAUUUUCUUUGCCUACAGUUUGAUGAUUGGAUGCUAUAAAAAGAAUAGAGAAAAGUAUCCCAGAAAGUGCUUUUGAUAAAAAGAAAAAGAAACCUGAGUUAAAAUUCAACCCCAGGUUAGCCAUAACCGGCGUUCAAACAACUGGGCCCAGGGCAGUACUUUAACUCGGGCUCAUCUGCUCAUCCAUGCUGCCAUCGAGUCAGAUCAGUCUAUAUUUAUAGUGUGCACAGCACUGGUAGGUUGUAAAAUGCAAAAACUGUUGAUAAAACCUAUUUUUGAUGGGCACCCUGGAUUUCAUAGCUUCAGGGUUUAUUAGUGCAGCCUUUAUCUUCCCCAGCUAUGGAUUUUGUCGUGGCUUAUUAGGCUUACUUUCCUUGACAGGGAUUUGGUGCCACAGCUCGCUCAACACAGGAUUGCCGACGGGCUAACCCCACUGAUAUAGUCUGCUUCCAUCAAGCUGACGUAGGCGAAUAUUUGCGUUCAGAGGACACUUUAACAUAA